AUGGAUCCACCGUCAUUGACUACCGGGAGUGUGUUUCCGGUGCGCCCGUCGCUGGAUCAUUUGCUGGCGAUGGCGGACGAUUUCGACGAUACGUGCCAAGAGGAGGGACAAGGUGACACCGGAACCGAUGACAAUAGAACAGCCGAAGUGGACAAUCUCACAGACACUGUACCGCCGGUGCCAGACGGAGAAGAAGGUGACGAGGAGGAGCCGUCGGAAAUUACGGAACUACAGGAACAGCCGGAAGUGCAACAGCCCCCCGGUGGUGCUGGUUCCAAUCAGAAACUGCUGGCCAAGGCAACCUACGACAACAUCGCCGAAAGUACGGACGAGCUUGCGUUCCGGAAGGGCGAAAUACUGACCGUCAUCGAAACGGACACCAACGGGCUGAAAGGAUGGUGGCUAUGUCAGCUGCGCGGUCGUCAGGGCAUUUGUCCGGGCAACAGACUGAAAAUAGUUCAGUCACACGACUCCGGUUGCUUCACGCUGUCACCGGCAUCGUCGCCCUGUCCGACGAUCGAUUCGACCACCAACCUCAACAGUCCGAUACCGAGCGAAAUCUACGAAAAUACGUCCCUGUCCGGGCUCAGCAUCGGUAGCCAGCGGCAGGGCAAACGUCGCUCCUGGCACAUCAUGCCCAACAAGGUUCUCACGCCGCAAAAAUGUGGGGACGUUUAUCUGUAUGAUCUGUUGCCGCCAUCGUCAACGAGGGGUUCGAGUCCGUACCAGCAUUCACUUCAGCAACAGACCUCUUCAUCUGACGGACUUGAGACGUACGACGUGCCGAAACCGGCCAUCCCGGUGGCUUCAUUCGAUCCUCAUCAGCAACAACCGCAUCGAACAUCUUGGAUCCGACCGCCAACUGGUGGUCAUCAUUACGGGGCACCGCACGGGCCUCCUCUUCUGCUCCAGCACCAAUCGAUCCACUCGUCGAACUCAUCGUCCUCGCUAAGCUUUCACCAUCACCUACAGCACCAGUAUCCACACCUCGGGUCACCUCACAUCGCGACCGGUGGCUACAGGAUGGAGGAAUCGUAUGACGUCCCGCGUUCUCUGCUCUCACAACAGCAGCACCUCACACCCAGUAGCUCCAACUCUUCGCUACUGAUGUCGGAAAGCUUCAGCCUUUCGUCCUCCAACCGAUCUUCGCUGGCCAAUAUGCCGGACUAUGACGUACCACGGCGCAAUCCCGUCUCCGUCCGGUCAACACCACCUCCACCGAGCGGAAUGGGAGCGCCAGGAGUCCCAACCCCGGGAACGCCACUGUCGGCCAGUUUCACUACCAGCCAACACUCGAUGUCGAUGUCCUCGUUCAGCAGCAUGUCCACGUACGACGUUCCCCCGGCGCAGCAGCAGCCAGCGUUUGGUGGCGUCACCAACAACAACACCAACUUCCUAUCCUCGAAGGGCCACCAGCUGCUGGCUCAUCAGCAAUCACCUAAAGAAUUGCCACUGGAACUAUCUUCCGCACUGGAAACCCUCGCAAGACUACAGAAUGAGGCCACCACGGCUGUAACUAGGUUACUAUCGUUCGUUUCGCCCAACUGGAGGGUAAAGGAGAAGUUGGAUCCGAUUCUCAUGGAUCUGAAGCUGGCGGCCGUACGCUUGAGGACCGCCCUGCACGAUCUCGCCGAGUUUGGUGAUGGCGCACUCGGAAAUGCAACCAAAGCGGAAGACAAAGGUUUGGCACAUAAACUAAAACCCUUAGUUAAGGCACUACGAGAUGCGGACAAGCUGGUGCACGAAGCAUCCCAGAAUUUGGACGGCCAGGGCUGGACCCUGGUAACGCUCCAGCGACCGGAAGCGACCCAAAAGCUGCAACAGCAGCUUCCUCCCGACAGUCUCGAUCAGCUGAUCGCUUGCGCCCAAACGCUCACCGAGGACGUCCGCCAGACGGCGUCCUUCAUCCAGGGCAAUGCGACCCUUCUCUUCAAACGCUCACCACCAACACCACCCACUUCCUGUCCCACGACCCCGCUGACACCGACUGGAUGCAAUGCCAAUAGUAUGACCACUACUGCCACUAGCGGAACGAAACCUCCAUCAUCAGGGGCCAGCGGCGGUGGUGGUGAAUGGCCCGAAGAUUACGAUUACGUCAGUCUCGAGUCGAAGGAAGCAUCCGCAAAGACUAACGCCGAGAUACGGGAUGCACUGCCGCAGGAUUUGAAGAAAAACUUUGAAAACGUAGUUCGCAAUGCGGCAGAUGCGGCCGCUGCGGCCUGCGCCGAGAAGCCGGAAGCGCUCGAUCCCAACGACAAGUCCGUGCUGGUGUACUACGCCUCGCAGACCGUCACGCACAUGGGUUACCUGACGCAGGCGAUCGACGCAUUCCUGCAGACGGUCGAGCACAAUCAGCCGCCAAAGUUCUUCCUCGCGUACGGCAAGUUUGUCGUGCUGAGUGCGCACAAUCUGGUCAACAUCGGGGACAUUGUGCACCGCAAUGUGUCACGCGAGGCCAUCAAAACGCGCGUCCUUGCGUGUGCCGAUGCACUGUCCGAGGCGCUUAAAACGUGCGUCGGCAAAACGAAGAAGGCGGCCCAGAACUUCCCCAGUGUGACGGCCGUGCAGGAGAUGGUGGACUCGGUGGUCGACAUUUCGCAUCUGGCGAGCGAUCUAAAGAUAGCGAUGCUGGACGCCGUUCAGCAGUAAACGAGACGCGGCUGAGCAACCAGUCCCCGUAUCCCCGAGUCCGAUAAGGUCUUAGGACAGUUAAGGAAUUUCUGACGAAUGCCAAAUAGAAAUCCGAUCAACGCGAUCGAUCGAAAGCGCCAUUUGAAAAGCCCAAUCACCAAGACAAGCGCGCGAGAAGACAAACGUUCACCCUUUUGUUUCGUUUGUCGUUCGUUUAAGUUGUACAUAAUGUAUAAAUUACAUUACGUUUACCUAUUUGUUUAGUCGAUACAUUGCUCUGCACAAUCUGCUUCUUGC